AUCACGGUAAAAGAUAUUGAAGACUUUGAAAAGAGCUAUAAAAAUUCAGAAGAAGAGCUAGCUGAUAUUAAAACAGCAUACGUGGAUUUUGAGGGUGACAUGGACAGAAUAAUGGAGUCUCUGUUGUGUGUGGACUACACAGAUGAACCAAGAAUACGGAAAAUCAUAAAAAAAGCCAUUGACUCUGGAGAAGUCCCAUCCUACAAAGGUUUUGUAAAAGAGCCUAAGAAGAAAAAGAUGGCAAGAAAAAGGCGGGCAGAAAAAGAAGCUAGAGAGGCAGAAAAGACCAAAGAUGAACUGGGCAUUGGUGGAGAAGAUGACUUGAAAGCGCUGAUUCAAAGCAGAAAUAAAGAUCGACAAAAGGAAAUGGAUGACUUCUUGGCCCAACUGGAAGAAAAAUACGGGAAUAACGCUAAAAAGAGAAGAAAGAAGACUGCAGCCAAGAAAGGAAAGAAAUAA